UGUUGCUAAAACAGUUCUUUUCCGGUUCUUUCGGGAGAAGAUGUAGAUUCUCGUUAUUGAUUAAUUUAACUCAGGUCUUUUGUAAUAUAAAAGAAGGAGAAAAUGAGUGAGUGGUAUCCCAUAGCGAAGGUGUACGACCCGCUGAAAGCCGGUAGCAUCGACGGCACGGACGUGGAGCCUCACGACCGCGCGGUGUGGAGGGCUAUGUGCGCCCACUACCGGCCGAACAAGGGCGUGCAGGGAGACCCGCUGCUCACCCUGUUCGUGUCGCGUCUGAACCCGCAGACCGACGAAGACAGACUGCGCCAAGUCUUCUCCAUGUACGGAGACAUCCAGCGGCUGCGGCUUGUGCGGGAUGCCGUCACUGGCUUCUCCAAAUGUUACGCCUUCAUCGAGUUCAAGGAGGAGCGGGCCGUGGCCCGGGCCCGCCGGGAGGCCAACAAGCUGGUGGUGGACCAACACGAGGUGUUCGUGGUUGAGCAGGAGAGGAGCCUGAAGGGCUGGGUGCCGCGGCGGCUCGGGGGCGGCCUGGGAGGCAAGAAAGAGUCCGGCCAGCUGCGCUUCGGAGGCAGGGACAGACCGUUCAGGAAACCCAUCAACCUUGCACUGGGCCCGAUGCAGGACCGGAGGGAGUGGGACCGAUCAGGCAGGUCUGGUGCCAGAGAGAGGGAGGACCGACAGUGGGGGAGGAGGGAGGAGCGCAGACACGGAGACUGGAGCAGGCACCGGGACAGGAGAUGAGCUUUAAAGAUU